AUGUUUAGAUGUUCGAGCGAGCCAGCUAUACAUGCCAUGCAGUUUCUCGACGUCAUCACGAUGAAAGAUCCAAACCAGAAAAGCAACUUUUAUCGCACCACUCUUAUCGACGCUCUCCCGUAUAUACCAAAGACUGCUUCACUCAUUGCUAUGCAAAACGUAUCCGAUUAUAUUGAAGAUAAAGCUCUACAUAGCACUGUAUUAGCAAAAGUGAAAGUCCUUUUAGAGAAAAACCAGAGUGAUGUCAAAAUCAUUAGUCUAAUCUUAGGAUUUUACGAGAAGAUACUUUUGCGUCUCGAAAGAAAUCAUAUCCUAGAACAAGUCAUACCGACUCUUCUUAGCAUGAGACUCAGUGACCCGGACAUCAUCAAUCGUGUAGUCAAACUUUACAAAUCGAUGCUUCUGGAGAGGAAAUUUGGUUUAACGACCAACGUCAUGGCUACAAAGAUGAUUCCAUCAUUGGCACCACAGACUGUGAAUCCUGCUUUGAACGUUGACCAGUUUACUAACCUAAUGGAGAUCUUAUACGACAUGCUGGAUAAUAUCGACAAGAAUCAGCGGUACAAAUUGAAGCUUGACAGUUUGUCGCUGCCGAGUCCUGAACGCCAUCGUCCACUACGUCACCAAAUGAGUACAGAUAACAUGAAUGUACCACCGUUCAACAUUCCUAACUUGCGAGUCGAGCAACGCAAGACCUCUAGUGCGGAGGACAUGGCUCGAAAGAAUUCUGUCACUGCUGCAACUGCACCCACUGGCAGCGUUGGAGGAGGUUUCAAGAGCACAGGAAUUGGCCAAUGGUUCUUCGGUUCCAGUAAUUCUACUAACAACGAUAACAAUUUCUUGCGCGUUGCAAGCGCCUUCCCCAACCGUCGUCUCUCAGACAACACCCUGAUGACUCCUAAGAUCCGCAUCGCUCCAUCAUGUGCCUCAUCUCCGGGAGGAACACCGGGAGGUAACUCUGGAUUACCGACACGUCGCCAUUCCAGUAUUGGUCCACAGGAACGUCGAGGAUCAGCGGUUAACUUAUCGCCACCUACUGGAGGUUCAAUGCCGAACACAUCGUCGAGUGUACCAUUCUUGCUGACGUCAUCGAUGCAGUCGAUCCGCUCGCGGCGCCCAUCCGCCUGCUUGAGCAACUCUCAAGGUUCUGGACUACUGCAACAGCUGAGCAGCGGCAUGGUAAGGCACCUGCCGGUCGGCUCACAUUCUCAUAGCAAUGCGAACCAUCCCGCACCUCAUUGGAGCGCUCUGCAAGGCCUCCAGGGCGCCACUGCCGCUGGUUACAACGCGCUCCAGCACACCGCGAUGGCCGUCCGGAAAUGCCCCUCGCUCAAUAUAACACUCACGCGCUAA